GGUAUAAAGAAAAUCAAACAAAAGUGAGAAAGAAAAGUGUAAAAUUUAUACCCUCUUUCUUAUCCAAAAUUCUUGAUCUAUGAGCGUGCUUAAGGUGGAGUUUAGAGGGCCCAUGGCUAAUUAAUUUUACCCAGCAUAUUUUUCUUUUUCAGUGAAGUAGUGAACCUCCUUCAACACAGUUAGGAGGUACUGCUUAAUAAAGAAAAAAAAAUCAUACAUACAACUUUCCUUCCCAGAAGCUUACAAAAAUCCAAUUACUACAUUAUCAUGAAUUUUCACUCUCUUCCACUCACUCAAAUUCUCAACAGCCACCUCACAAUUUCCUUUAAAAAUGCUACUUCUGGUUCUAGAGUCAGGCACCAACUCCUUGAAUAUCUCCACUUACUAGCAAGCAGCUGCUGCAAUGGCUUCCAAGAAAAUCUGUGCCCACCUUAUACUUUUCUCUCUUGUUUUCCACUCAACAUUCACCAGCUCUUGCAAUUCAUGCAAACCAAAGCCAAAACCAACUCCUCCUCCAGCUGCAUGCCCUCCACCGGCAAAGCCUGCUUCUUGCCCAAAGGACACAUUGAAGCUAGGUGUCUGUGCUGACCUCCUUGGACUUGUAAACAUAGUGGUGGGAACACCUCCCUCAAGCAAAUGCUGUGCUUUGCUCGCAGGCUUGGCUGAUUUGGAGGCUGCCCUUUGCCUUUGCACUGCCAUUAAAGCCAACGUACUUGGAAUCAACCUCAACGUUCCCGUUACUCUUAGCUUACUCCUUAGUGCAUGCCAGAAAGAGCUUCCUCCAGGGUUCAAAUGUUAAUAUUUAUAAGAAGCAGAAUCAGUACUUCUUGGCUAAGUUUGCUAUAGUUUAAUUAAUUUGUCCUAAAUAACUUUGUCAUGGUGCUGCAAAUUGCUAUGUCUUUUGUUUUUAUGUUGCUUUUAAUUAGUGGGUUUGGAAGUUGGAAUAGGAUUUCCUUUGGCUAUAUGAUUUUUAUUACAUUUUUAGGAUGUCCGGUAUUAUGCGAUAUUUGUUCAAGUUAAAUAAUUGGGUAUAGUGGGUUAACAUUUACCUCUGCGUAAUGUAAUGUUUGUGUUGAGAAAUGAA